CGCUUCCUCUCGGCUGAGUCGCAUUUGGUUGGACGGGCUUGUUGCGGGGAGGGAGGGGGAAGAUUGUUUGCAGUGGAGGAGCUCAAUGUACGGGAAGGUAAACUGAGCUCCCCAGAGACUGUAAUCCCGCAGCCUCGGUUCGGGCCCAGCCUUCUCUCUCCAGCUGCCACCACAGCCUGGAGGCGCCUGCCUCCGCCCUCCCGAAUGGUGCUACUCCUCGCAGGCCUCGGCCCAGGAUCCAAACCCCCUUUGCCCCCCGCCUCGGAGCGGUUGCUCCGGGUCGCUCCUGGUGGACUCCCCGUGACGGGCAGGGAAGAACUUUUCCACAGACAAGGCUGUAGCUCCAGGAGCCCCACCGACGACUUGAAUCUUGGCCUCUAAUCCAGUGUGAGGUUAUUCCUCUGUCCCCUUUUCCACCCGCCGAGAAGAGAAACCCUUCUUCUUGCUACCCAGAGCCCAGGAAGCCCCAAGCUGGGGCCCUGGUCCCAGCAUGUCAGUCCUCUCUUGUGCAUAGGGCUGUGCCCUCUCCCCAUUAGCAUGGCUGAAUUCAGGCCGGUUCCGGGGGGGCGGGAGACCCCGCAGGGGGAGCUGCGGUCUGAGGUGGUAGAGGAUGAAGUUCCUCGGAGUCCAGUCGCAGAGGAGCCCGGGAGAGGCGGGAGCAACAACAGUGAGGCCAAAUUGUCUCCAAGAGAAGAGGAAGAACUGGAUCCUCGAAUACAGGAAGAACUAGAGCACCUGAACCAGGCCAGCGAGGAGAUCAACCAGGUGGAGCUGCAGCUGGAUGAGGCCAGGACCACCUAUCGGAGGAUCCUGCAGGAGUCUGCAAGGAAGCUCAACACGCAGGGUUCCCACUUGGGGAGCUGCAUCGAGAAGGCUCGGCCUUACUAUGAGGCUCGGCGUCUUGCUAAGGAGGCCCAGCAAGAGACCCAGAAGGCAGCGCUGCGGUACGAGCGGGCUGUGAGCAUGCACAAUGCUGCCCGGGAGAUGGUGUUUGUGGCUGAGCAGGGUGUCAUGGCCGACAAGAACCGGCUGGACCCCACGUGGCAGGAGAUGCUCAACCACGCCACCUGCAAGGUGAAUGAAGCAGAGGAGGAGCGGCUUCGUGGUGAGCGGGAGCAUCAGCGGGUGACUCGGCUGUGCCAGCAGGCUGAAGCUCGGGUCCAAGCCCUGCAGAAGACGCUCCGGCGGGCCAUUGGAAAGAGCCGCCCCUACUUUGAGCUCAAGGCCCAGUUCAGCCAGAUUCUGGAGGAGCACAAGGCCAAGGUGACAGAGCUGGAGCAGCAGGUGGCCCAGGCCAAGACUCGCUAUUCAGUUGCCCUGCGCAACCUGGAGCAGAUCAGCGAGCAGAUUCAUGCCCGGCGCCGGGGCCAGCCCCCUCAUGGCCCAGGCCAGCGGCGCUCCUCCCCCGUGGGGGCAGAGGCUGGGCCUGAUGGUGGGGAGGAUGGGGACAGUGGGAUCAUUGAGGGGGCUGAAGGUGGGGGCCUGGAGGAGGGCAGUAGCCUGGGGCCUGGGCCUGCCCCGGACACAGACACGCUUAGCCUGCUGAGCCUGCGCACGGUGGCCUCGGACCUGCAGAAGUGUGACUCUGUGGAGCACCUGCGGGGCCUCUCAGACCACACCAGUCUGGAUGGUCAGGACCUGGGCUCCCGGAGCGGGGGCCGUGGGGGCCGCCACCAGCGCAGCAUCAGCCUGUAGUCCAUGCUCAGGGUGGCUUGUUCCUCUUUACCACCACUGGCCCAUGUAGGGCCAGACAGGCUCCAAGCUACCUCUCCUCAGGUCCUUGCUUCCCUUGGAGAGGUCAGGCCGGCCCUUGUCUCUGGUGGAUUUCUCCCUGUCCCUGCCCUCCCAGCUCCCUCCUUGCAGGUGGCAGCUCUCUUUGCCUUACCCCUUCAGAAGGCUUCUCUCUGGCUCUCACGUUUGCCCUCUCCCUGCUAGCUCCUCAUGGUCUGAUGCCGUUUCCUGCCCCCUUUCUGCUUUCCUUCCAUCUGUCUGGCUUUCCCCUCAGGGAACUUGGUCUGGAGGCACAGGGAAGCCCAUCAGAGAAGGUGGGUGUGGGACCUGAGUCCUGGCAUCUUGGGCCCCUAGCUCGAGGAAAUAGGUGUCCCUUCCACCUCCCCAUCUCCCGAGGGGGCCUAGGGAUGCUACAGAGCUCUUCUGGCAGCCCUGUGCCCUAGGCCUUUGUCCCAGCCUGCCCAUCAGGUAGUUGUAAAAUGCACUGUAGGACUGUGUGCCUCUGGAAAACACUACUGAUCCGUACAGUGCUCCCUCCUCAUGACCUAAGCCACUUUGCUGUGUCCUGCAAAGCAGGACUGGAAGGGUACCAGUGUCAGAGAAGGUGAAACGCAACCCCACUGUCAACAAAGAGGACACCACCCACUCCAAAUAGGCUCCCAUGUGCAUGGUGUUUCCGCCAGCUGGCCUGGGCCAUUAACAUUGCUAAGGUGCUAGUGGGUCUCUAACAGGGUCCGUGUUGGGAGUUGGACAUGUAAUGAGGUCCUGAUGGUUGAGGCCCUCGCCAUUCCUGCUGCAGAGUUGGGUUUACUUUUUCUGGGUAGAGGAUGUUGAGCUGAAUCUCAGCACCCUCCUGCAGGGUGGAGUUAGGGAAUUUGGUGCUCAGUUGCUCUCCCUCUCUCCCAAACCAAACAAUAGCUACUCCAGGAUCCCUAGGGGGAAAUGCUCAAGUUUGGCUGCAGAGCCUUCUCUGUCGCCGGGAGGGGUUGCCCUGGGAAAGGGGAUCCCUCCUCCAUGGGGAGCAGUUCUGGGUGUUUGGUGGUGCUCCAGGCUAUAUGGGGGGAAGGGUGGGGAAGCCACGCUAGAUCUGGGUGCCUUGGGAGAACGGGUCCUUCCUCCUUUCCCACCCUAAGAGGUCUGAGAGGUGGACUCUGGGCAGGAUAGCUUGUGCCUAGGCCAUUGUGCUGCUGCCAUCACCUGGGAGGAGUGGGCUUUCACAUGGAGGGUGUCUCCCUGUGCUAAGGUGGUCACUAUGAAAACCACUGGGUUUGAGGUGGCCAUGGUGGAGGGAAGAAAAGGAGGGAGGGCGUGGGCCUGCGUGUGUGCAUGGGCUGGGGGAGUGUGUGUGUGUGAGAGUGUGAGUGUGAGAGAGAGAGAGA